CCUCACCCCCCGCCCAGGGCUAAUCCACCAAGCUGGGUUGGGAAACAUCAGUUCUCACGUUCACCCAGAGAAACCCUCGUGCAGCUGGAAUCCCACCCCUUCGCGCCCACUCGCGAGCUGCGGGACCCGAGAGCAGUUCCUUUGCCCGUGGCUGUAGGAUGUGGUGAAAGGAUGGGGCUUCUUCCUCCUGAGGCUCACAAUGGCCAGAGAGGAUUCCGUGAAGUGUCUGCGUUGCUUGCUCUACGCCCUCAAUCUGCUGUUUUGGUUAAUGUCCAUCAGUGUGUUGGCCGUCUCUGCUUGGAUGAGGGAUUACCUGAAUAAUGUUCUGACUUUGACUGCUGAAACAAGAGUGGAGGAGGCGGUCAUCCUGACUUACUUUCCUGUAGUUCAUCCGGUCAUGAUUGCAGUUUGCUGUUUCCUUAUCAUUGUGGGAAUGCUGGGAUACUGUGGAACCGUGAAAAGAAACCUGUUGCUUCUUGCAUGGUACUUUGGAAGUUUACUUGUCAUUUUCUGUGUAGAGCUGGCUUGUGGAGUUUGGACAUAUGAGCAGGAACUUAUGGUUCCAGUACAGUGGUCAGAUAUGGUAACUUUGAAAGCGAGAAUGACAAAUUAUGGCUUACCUAGAUAUCGGUGGCUCACUCAUGCUUGGAAUUUUUUUCAGAGAGAGUUUAAGUGUUGUGGAGUGGUGUAUUUUACUGACUGGCUGGAAAUGACAGAGAUGGACUGGCCUCCAGAUUCCUGCUGUGUUAGGGAAUUCCCAGGAUGUUCCAAACAGGCCCACCAGGAAGAUCUCAGUGACCUUUAUCAAGAGGGUUGUGGGAAGAAAAUGUACUCCUUUUUGAGAGGAACCAAACAACUGCAAGUGCUUAGAUUUUUGGGGAUCUCCAUUGGAGUGACACAAAUCCUGGCGAUGAUUCUCACCAUUACUCUCCUCUGGGCUCUGUAUUAUGAUAGAAGAGAACCUGGGGCAGACCAAAUAAUGUCCCUGAAGAAUGACAAUUCUCAGCACCUUUCAUGUCACUCUGUAGAACUGUUGAAACCAAGCCUUUCAAGGAUCUUUGAACACACAUCCAUGGCAAACAGCUUUAAUACACAUUUUGAGAUGGAAGAAUUAUAAAGAUUGUCCAGGAAGGAAACUACAAACUUGUUUUGUUGGACUUGUGAAUUUUCGAGUAACAAUUAUCUGUUUCAGAAAUUUUUAGACUUAAAAAUACUGCCAUAAAAUAAUGUGUAGGCAUCUAGCUUUAUACUCUUUAAAAUAAAGAGGGGAAAGUUUCAUGUCACCACUUGGACAAUAAUUGAUUCCAUUUAUAGUACUAAGGCAGAUCUAAUAUCCACUUUAUAGCCUGUGUAAAGUUUUCACUGCUAACAGUUAUGUUUGAGGUGGCAUGAUUUGAUCAACAUUUCUGCAUCUAUGUAAAUGAGCCACAUACAGUGGAUUGUAACUACACUGAAGGUUGAUUUACUUCUACAGGCUAGUAUAAAAAUUAUCAAUUAACCAUUAACAUAGGAAGCUAUACAGUACUAAUGACUUUAAUUUCUUGGUGAUAUAUUCUUUUGAGGGUGACUAGAUUAUACAUUAUGAACACUUUCAAAAUUGGUGACUACCUAAAUGUGAUCUUUGCUGGAUUCUAAAAUAUUCUUAUCAUUUACAAGAGUAGACUAACUCAUUGUCUUAAACUGAUCAGGGAUGUGUAUGUAUAUGUCUGCGCUAAGUCUGUAUAAUUCAGUAGCUUUGAGUUCUCACUAGGUUAAGAAUCACAUUUGUGAAAUGGAUAAAUUCAUCCUGUAUAGAACCAUUGUGUUAGUCUUUCUCAUUAAGACAACUUUUAAAUUCAGUCUUGGGUCUGUAUUACAUUUAUAACUCUUAAUUUCAAUACCACUGAUUUGGCAAUAACCAUUGUGAUACAUAGAAAUCAUUAGGAGUCUAACUGUAGGCUGGUCUUUAGGAGUUAUUGACAAGAAAAUUUAUACAUAUCUUAGUUGAUUCAGCACUUAGAUACUGUUUGCCUCCCAAAUGAAGCCUGUGAACACUGUUUUUUUAAAACACUUUUUAAAAAGAAUUUAUCUUUGCCUUUUUCAAAAGGAAGCAACAGUUUCCAAGUCAGUAUAAUUCUAUAAGUAGUAUUCUUUGUCUCCAGAAAAAUGUUGGUUAGGAUCAUUGAAGUAUCAGUUUAACUAGAGAUAUUAUCUUUGCUUUAUCUCACGGAUUAAUAUGCUGUGGCAAAUUAUACAGAUUAUUAAAUUUUUUACAAAAGUAAAAUAUAUUUAUUUGAAAUGGGAAGAGUGCAUUUUACUGUAUUUUGUGUAUUGUGUUUAUUUCUCAGAUCAUGGAAAGAGAAUUACAAGUGUCAAUAAAUAUUUUCUAGACAGUAAUAA